CCCCGCCCCCUCACGCUCGUUGCCGGGUGACCGAGCAGGAGGGAGGAGCGUAGCUUGGACGGUGACGCCCAUCGGUUCCUCCCGGCCAAUCAGAUCUCCGCUCUCGCCGUAGUCACUUCACGGGGCGGAGCAUCUUUAUUCUGCCCAAACAUCCGUGUAUUUACUCAGGGUUAGGGCCAACCGUGCGCUUAUUACUGUCUGUGAGUGCUACAAGUACUUUUGCUGAUCACAGAAUUAAACAAGACCAAGUUAAACUGAGAAACGUACACAUAUGAUUAGGAUAAGUGUUUGGUCAUUCAAUUUGCCGUAGACUCUCGCCGUGAACUGUGCUGUGAGUGUUGGCUACGCGACCUUAGUUGACCUGUUGAGCUGCGUGUGGCCGGCGUGACCCUCCGUGGCGACAACAGUCACGGUGUUUUGUUGUGUCCUGUUGCUCGCCUGCACAAGUCCCGCCGGAGGAAUAUGUACAGUGCGUGAUCGGUGCGUGUAGACAGUGUCUCCAGUAGUGUUGUGAAGCGGGCCACCAUGUUGUCCCAGAAGUUAUACAGUGACACCAUGACGCCCAUGAGUUCGGCGGCGCCUCCCGUGUCGCCCAUGUCGCAAACGACGUACGGCAUGAACUCCAUGAACAGCAUGAUGGGCAUGAACACGUACCAGCAGCGCCUGCCGCCCAAUAUGGACUUCUCGUCUUCCAUGACAGGUAUUGGGGCCAUGGGCAUGGGUGGCCAGUGUAUGAGUCCAGGGAUGACGGGCAUGGGGGCAUUCCCGCCCAUGAACAGUUCCAUGCAACAGAUGAACGGCAUGAGUGGGUGCAUGAGUGGCAUGGGCGGCAUGAACCAGAUGGUGCCGUACGGACGAGAGCUGCAGGAGCCCGACAGUCCCGUCUCGUCGGCGCUGCAGAGGGCGCGGCAGGACAAGACGUACCGUCGCUCGUACACGCACGCCAAGCCGCCCUACUCGUACAUCUCCCUCAUCACCAUGUCCAUCCAGAACUCCCCCAACAAGAUGGUGACCCUGUCGGAGAUCUACCAGUUCAUCAUGGACCUGUUCCCCUACUACCGGCAGAACCAGCAGCGGUGGCAGAACUCCAUCCGCCACUCGCUCUCCUUCAACGACUGCUUCAUCAAGAUCCCCAGGACGCCCGACAAGCCCGGCAAAGGCUCCUUCUGGUCGCUGCACCCCGACUCGGGCAACAUGUUCGAGAACGGAUGCUACCUCCGCCGCCAGAAGCGCUUCAAGUGCGAGAAGAAGGAGGCAAUGCGCACCACCACCACCAAGACGCCGCACCAGGGCCAGACGCACCAGAGUCCCGGCUCGGCGACCACCAAGCAGGAGAGCAGCGACGAGGCCGACUCCAAGAUGGAGACGGCGCUGGCCUCGCCGGGCCAUGGCCACGGCCUGCACAACGGCCACCACGCCCAUGUCAGCCAGCAGCAGCCGCCGCCGAGCGAUCCUGUGUCGGGCAUGACCCAGCUCCUGGAGGCCGCCACCAAGCUCGAGCCUCCGGAGACGGGCUACCAGAUGCCGCCGCCCUCCGUCAGCGUGGCUGACAAAUACACCGCUGAGCAGCAGCAACAACAGCAACAGCAACAGCAGCAACAGCAGCAGCAACAACAGGAACAACAACAGCAGCAUCAGGCCGCCCAUCUCGGCACACCGACCGCCCAUGACCUGCACGCCGCGCCGCCCCUCCAUCCGUCCCUCCUGAAGGACUACACCGCCUCCGCCUACCUGAAGGAUUACUCCAACGGACACCUGAAGGACUACGGCGGCUAUCUGAAGGACUACAGCGGCCACCUGAAGGACUACGACCACCUCAAGAACUACCCCGCCCCCGCGCACCCCUUCAGCAUCACCUCCAUAAUCGCUGCCGAGAACAAGGAUUCCUACGGCGGGUAUUUGAGUCCUCUCCCUCCUGCCUCCACCGCCACGCCCUCGCAUCACGGCAUGGGCGGCGAGCACGGGGGCUACUACCCGCCGCCGCUCUACCACCACACCACCACGCCCCUCUGAUGUGGGCGGGGGUGGUGAUCCCCUCAACACCUCGCCCACCCGACCCCUGUAAAUAAUGUGUGAAUGUCCAGUGUGUGGAGAGUCUGCAGGUAGAUCCAGCAGCAAUCUGUAGACGAUAAGAAAAACGUAAAUAAUGAGGUACGUUGUGGAGUCCUGAGCUGUGUGAGCUUAUCUGGUAUUGGUAUGGCAGAUGGCUUGUCGAGAGAGAGGGUUUAGCGGCCACUUCCAGCGAGGCCGGAAUUCGUUAUCGGAAAUUAUCCCUUGUUAUGAAAUAUACCCCGCUGCUUCGUUAUGUGUGUGUCUCCUUUUUCUGCCGUCUUGCAUCUACUAUUAUGUCAUUUCGGAACCCAUGUUUUAUGUAGUAACCGUUGUCGGGCUUCUAAUCUUGUCUCAUUCUUUUUGUUAGCCUUGGAUGUACUUCUAAAGAAAUAUAUUUUCAUAUUUUUCUAAGACCUAAAAAAAAGAAAAAGAAUUACUUUUAAUUUGUCAGCUCUUCUUCUAUCAUGAUGUUACGCUUCACGUGGAAAUUACAACAACAAUGGCAGAAUUUAAUCCCGUUUCGGCUUACCCUCUUAAUACUUAAUUACUUAAACGUAAUCCCCCCCUUCCGUCGCCGGCCGCCCGCUGCAGGAGGCGGCGACGAGGGCGACCUGCACGCACAUAUCCUGAAGUCAUGUACCUUUUAUGUUAUAAACCCUAAACUUUAUAAACCAGAACUCCCGGAAACAUCGAAAUACUUAACUGCCGCGUUUCUAACAGGAGACUUCCACCAAGGCCAAGGAAUAGUUUGGUUCCCUAUGAAAUCUCUCCAACAUGCAUCUGGCUCUCUUUGUUUUUUUGUUAAAACUAUGAUCUGGUAGAUUUAGUAGUAUAUGUAUAUUUUCAUGUAUUUGUUAUUGAAUCUUAUUUUGUUUUUUAUAUAAAAUAAAUCUGGGAAAAGACCAUA